AUGGAUGUACGGAGGAGGAGGUCGGAGCCCCAACCUGCUGAGGGUGCUGAAGGGCCCGAUCAUGGAUCCCAAGAGGGAGCCGAUUCCAAAGCCCGCGAAGGUGAUGGAAGAAGACUGAUGGCGAUUGAAGACGCCGCUGAUGCUGCCCGAAAAGGUGAAGCCAAGGAGGACGCCCAGACGGGAGCAAGAUUGAAAGAUUUCCCAAAGGGUGAAGCCAAGGAGGACGCCCAGCUGGGAGUAAGAACUGCUGCCCGAACAGGUGAAGCCAAGGAGGACGCCCAGACGGGAGCAAGACCAAAAGAUUUCCCGGGUGAAGCCACAGAGGACGCCCAAAAGGGAGUUGAUGAAGGAGCCUCGAGGACGACAGAAGCCCCGAGGACUGGCGGGAGUGUGGUGCCAAAUGGAGGGGAGGGUGUUGGGGGUGGGGAGACGCCAGGGAGGUCGUUUUUCACACCAACGGCAAGGGGAGGGAAGGUCACAGAGACCCCCAAAGAAGUAGCAGUCAUGGGACCAAGGGGGAAGCCUCAGUCCUUUGGGCCGCUGUUCACCCCUGAGCAAGCAGCCAAGAUGGAUGCGCUGCGAGCCCAAGCCCCACUUCUGGACACAGCACGAGCCAGAAGAGAAUGUGAAGAGGCUGCAAGGCCGAAGUUCCUGGAGGACGCACAGAGCAUCCCCGGGGUUGAGAAGUUCCUGGAGGAAGCACAGAGCAUCCCCAGGGUUGAAGAGAUGAAGUCCUACGAGCGAGAACUCGAUAGGAUGCAUGGCUUCAUGGAUGAUGUGAAGCUUCGAAUGGCAGAGCAGCAGGAAGAGAAGACCUUGCUGCAGAAGAUGUUGUUUGAGACCGCUGAGAACGAAGCUCACUGGCGCUCAGAGAAUGCCGAGCUUCGCAGGGUGGUUGAAGACUUGAGGAGGCUGAGACCCCCAGAAGAUGAAAGGAGGCUGAGACCCCCAGAAGAUGAAAGGAGGCUGAGACCCCCAACUGAGGGAAGAAGGCCGACGCCCCCACCAGGAGUUGAUGUUGAGGACAGGUGGAUGAAGACACCGUGUCCGCCCCAUGAGAUCGCCAUCCACACGCCGCCUUCACCCCCGGAAGAUCCCUUCGCCACGCCAGAGGAGCCCAGAAGUGAGGAGGUCAAGACCGGAGGCAGAGAUGGAGGAGCGGGUGGUGGAAUUAAGGAAGAGGAGAGAGAGAUGUCCAUGAAGGCACUCUUGGCAAUGAUGAGGAACAUGCAGGAGAUUCAGAAGAGGAUGCUCGAGAGAGAGCUGAAGGAUAAGGAUGGAGAAGGGAUUGGCAGGAGGUGUGGAAUAGACCUCACAGCGACGAGCCUGAAGUGGUGGCAGCUGCUGGUCCAAGAAGCCCAGGCAUGGUAUGCCACCCACCAACAGAUGUCCCCGAUGGAAAGGAUCCAUCAUGAAGCCCUUCCCAGCAAAGAGCUGGAAGACCCAAGAUGGACGCGGCUUGAGCGCCGUGCAAGUAUGAUGAUGCUGCAGGCGGUGCCAGAGGCACAACGUGAGGAGCUGGUGAGCGCCAAACGCCUGACAGCGAUGAAGGUGUUGUGUCACCUGCUGGUGACAUAUCAGCCAGGAGGAUUGGCUGAGAAGGAAGUCAUCCUCUCCAAUCUGGAGAACCCGCCUGAAGCACAGACGGUGCCAGACGCACUGCAAGGGCUCCGGAAGUGGAUGAGAUGGAGAAGAAGAGCAGGUGAGUUGGCUGUGUCCGAGCCGGACCCGUUCAUCUUGCUAAAGGGGCUUGGCAAGGUGGUCAAGAAGAGCCUCGAGAUGAACAAGGAGCUGAGCUUCAGAGUGAGCCUGGCAAGGAACAACCUUCAGGAGCCCAGGCUGAAGAAGCUCGAAGGGAAGGAGGCUGGUGGAGGAUACAAAGGAGAUGGGAAAGGCAAGGGUGCCAGACCCGGAGACGUUUGCCGUUUCUUCCUGACGGAGCACGGCUGUAAGAAGGGCAAAGAUUGCCAAUGGCAGCACCAGGUUGAUGACCAGAAGAGGUGCUGGAACUGCGGUGGAAAAGACCACUUUGCAGACAAGUGCCCAAGACCUUCGUUCAGAAACCCCGAAGGGCAGAAGGAGUCCAAGGGUGAAGGAAAGGGUGCACGAAGCUUGAAGAAGAAAGAUGAAGAUUCCCCAGAUGGGAAGAAAGAGAAAGAAGAAGAGAAGCCAAAGAGAGAAGAUCAAGAUGCCGAGAGUGGCAAAGGACAGGUGAUCAAGGAGUUGAUGGAAGAAGCCAACAGGAUGCUCAGAAAGAUCACCAAAGAAGCAGACAGCAACAAGGAGACGAAGAUUGACCAGCUCCAGAAGCAGCUGGAUGAGCUGAAGUCCGUCAAGGUCCUCAGACUGGCAAGGCUUCAAGAAGGAGGUGCCAGAGGCCUCUUGGACUCAGGCGCAACUCACCCAUUGAGGGGGAGGCGCGAAGGAGAGAAGAUGAAGGGCUACAAGGAGGUGACAGUCUCCCUAGCCGGAGGAAAGGAGGCCACACUCCAUGUGACCAAGGAAGGCAUCAUGGUGGCCAAGAACCCAGGCACAGAGCCAAUCGUGCCAAUGGGGAUGGUGGUAGAUCUUCUGGGAUGUAGGGUUUCCUGGGAUGAAGAUGAAGUCCGUGUGACACAUCCCAAGAAGGGGAAACUGGAGGUGGUUCUUCGUGGAGGAUGCCCUGAAGUUUCAAGAGACGACGCCCUGAUGCUCAUCGAGGAGAUCGAGGAGAAGGUCCGGUCCAUCAGGCCGAAGACACCAUAUGAGCAGGAGGAGCAACAAGCAAAGCAUGAGGAGAUGGAAUGGUUACAAAGGAUCCUGAAGGAGCACCCAGCCUUCAGGAAAAUCCCAGAAGAUCUGAGGAAGAAGAUCCUCGAACCACCAACAGAUGAUGUUGCCAUGUGUGGCAAUCGAAGACAGAGGAAGAAGUGGGCUAAAGAAGGCCUCAUUCUGCAUCUCUAUGCAGGUGAAGACGAAGGGUACACGUUCAGACGUGCCUUUCAUGAAGUGGGGGGAGACAAGAGUUUGGUCCUCGAGGUGGACUGUCUCCGAGACCCCAAGUGGGACAUGCUGCCUCAAGGCAAAGCAUUCCCGGCGCUGUUGCGCUUGGCACUCAAAGGUUGGCUGAAGAUGGUCAUGGGUGGACCCAAUUGCCGUACAAGGAGCGUCUUGCGGCACAGGCCUCUCGGUGAAAAAGAGUGGGGACCAAGACCCCUGAGGAGUUGGCAUGAAGACCAGGAAUGGGGGAGGAAGGAUCUCACCGAAAAGGAGAGGCAGAGGGUCGAAGAAGAUGACAUCCUGAUGCUCAGGAUGAUCAUGCUGUUCAUCGUGGCGGAAGAAGUCCGGAAGGUGAACGGUGUGAAGACACCCACUCAGUUCGCCAUCGAACAGCCAGCGGUGCCAAAAGAAGAGGAGGUGGUAAGUUGGUGGAAGACUGGGAUCUGGAAGAUGAUGGUGAAGAUUUAUGGCUUCAAGGAGUCCACCUUCGACCAAUGGAAUUGGGGAGGCAAGGCUCACAAGCCGACGACGGUUGGAGGAACCAUUGAAGUGGAAGCUCCACCAAGGAUCCCAGGAGGAAAGAAGAGGGAGGUUGAAGGAAAGACCCCAGAAGAGCUGCUGAAGGAAUCAAGGCAGUUAGCCCGAUGGGCGCCUGGCAUGAUGAGAGCCCUGGCAGAGCAGGUGGUGGAAAAGGUCUGCGGCAGAGAGCCCAAGAUGAGACCACUCAGCUGGGACGAGCACGUCCGCGCAAACCACACACCCUUCAGAAGGGAUUGCCGCAUUUGCCAAGAAGCCAUGGCAAAAGCAUCACCACACCGCAAAGCAGGACAUGCCAGAGCAGGGGUGCUCUCCCUAGACCUGUCUGGACCCUUCAAGAGGGCCAAAGACAUUCUCAAAGGAACUCACGCCAAGUUCCUGCUGGUCGGGGUCUACACGUGGAUUGAUCCACGACCCGGUGGCCACCCUGCCCCGGAUGAAGAGGAGGUGGAAGUGCCAGAUGAAGCACCAGACCUUGAAGAAGGGGAUGGGGAGGUGGAUCCAGAGAAGAGGCCUAGAGGACGGCCAAGAAAGGAUGACCUGGCGAUGAGAAAAGAAGAAGAAGAAAGAAAGAAGUGGAAAGAAGAAGGAGAUGCCGAGAGAACGGCAGAAGAGGCCCAGAGGCCACAGAGAGGAGAGCCCAUAGAGGGUGGAAUCUUCAAUGACACAGAUGAAGAAGAGGCGGCGAGAGUGCCGGCCGAGGAAGACGCUGGCAGGGUGAGAGAGCCCGAAGCAGCACAAGCAGACGCUGGCAGGGUGAGAGAGCCCGAAGCAGCACAAGCAGAUGCAGGCAGGGCGAGAGAGCCCGAAGCAGCACAAGAAGACACACACAAGCAGCCAAAGCCAACAGAUGGCGAAGAAGAAGAAGACGAUGGCGGGGUGAAGAUCCGAUACUGCCGGAUGGUUCUACCCAUAGCGACGAAGCUCGCUGAGGACAUUGUAAGAGCAGUGCAGCUCUUCUACCUCCGCUUGAGGUCUGAAGGUUUUGUGGUGAAUCAGAUUCACACCGACAGAGGUGGUGAGUUUGACAACGUGAAGUUCCAGAAGUGGUGGGAAGCCAGAGCGAUCUUGAAGACAUGGACGCCUGGAGAUGACCCCCAAUGUAAUGGCCGAUGCGAAAGGGCCGUCCAAGAAGUCAAAGCCAAGAUCAGGGUCAUGCUCCUACAAGCAGGCCUUGGAGUUGACCAUUGGCCGCUGGCCGCAAGACACCUGAAUGAAGCACUACAAGUGGCUCGCCAAGACAAGAAGAUCACUUGGCCGCCAUUCUUUGCCAAGGUGCUGGUGAGGAAGCGCCACUGGCGAUCACAAGAACUUGAGCCAUCACAAGAGAUGGUGACAUACCUUUUCCCAGCAUGGGAGUCACACGGGCACUACAUCCGUGAUGACCAAGGAUGGGACCGGCUGUCAAGGACGGUGAUGAAGAACGUCCAAGAGCCCAUCACCGAUGAGAAGUGGAUUGCAUUGGAGAAUGAGACCAAUCCAGUCCAGGUGAGAAGAAGGCUAAGAAGCAAGAUGACAGUCCGGCAGCUGAAGGCUCCCAAAGAAGAGGAAGAGGAAGAGGAAAGACGUGUGAAGAUGAGAAGGAUCCAAGAAGUGAUCCGAGAUGAGAUGGGCAGAGUCAUGGAAGAUGACGAAGCCAAUGUCCACAUCACCAUGAAGGAGCUCUGGAAGUUGAGGAAGUUUUCAGAGGAGGAAGCUCCAGAUGAAGUGCUCCAAACGAAGGUGGUGGGGAUGCAAGAAGUCAGAAGGGACUUUCCCAAAUGGAAAGAAGCGGUGGAGAAUGAGAUCAGGUCUCUGUUUGAGACGAAGGGUGCUCUCAGGAAGGUUUCGCCAGAGGAGAUGGAGGAGAGGAAGGAGAAGGGCGAGUUGGACAUAAUUCCGUCCAAGCUCGUAUGCACCUUGAAGCCUGAUCCCACCAAUCCAAAGGGGAAAAGAAAAGUCCGAAUUGUUGCCUGCGGCAACUUUGUGACGGCUGAAGGAGCUGACAAGAAUGAGCUCUUUGCGUCAGGCUCAGACGCUAUAGCCGUGCGGCUGGCUGUAGAUGAAGCAGCCAAAAGAGGAUGGUCCGGGAAGUCAAUGGACAUCCGAACGGCGUUCCUGAAUGCGCCGAUGGAGCUUGAUGAGGAGGCAGAAGAAAGGAAGCUGAAGGAGAAGGAAGAAGGAAAAGGGCCAGAGGAAGGAAGGACAGAGGAGCUCCGAGCACACAGAGUGCUGGUGAAGCCGCCGAUGUUUCUCAUCCAGAUGGGACUCGCCAAGCCUGAUGAACUGUGGGAGGCAGUGAGAGCCUUCUAUGGCUUCAGGGAGUCACCAAGAAGAUGGAGUGACUUCCGGGACUUCACCAUGAGGAGGUUGAAGAUCCAGACCGAAAGAGGGGUCAAGCUCAGGUUAGAGCCCCUGGUCUCAGAGCCCAAUAUCUGGAAGGUGAAGGAUGAAGACACCAGUGAGAUGAAGGCCCUCCUGGUCGUCUACGUUGAUGAUCUGUUGAUCCUGGGGGAGACAGAAGCCCUGGAAGCAGUGAUCGGCACGAUCAGAAGCCUGUGGGAGACAAGCCCACCAGAAGAGAUUGAUGAUGAAGCCGGGGUGAGAUUCCUCGGGAUGGAGCUAUGGAAGCUCAAGAAUGGAGACUGGAUGGCCACCCAGAGAGGGUACACCUAUGACCUGCUUCAGAGGAACCUGGGGAAGGAUGAAGCAGGGUGGCCAAAGAAGAAAGUGCCAGUGGGCCGAGAGUGGUUCACAGGGCCGGAGGAGGAAGAGAAGAAGAUUGAAGAUGUCCGUGAAGGACAGAGGAUUGUCGGGGAGCUGAUGUGGCUGGUGACGAGGAGCCGGAUGGACUUGAUGUAUCCAGUCUCACUGCUGGCAUCAAACAUCCUGAAGCGACCGAGAGAGGUCAAGCAGGUAGCAGCUCAAGUUUGGGGCUACCUCGCAGCCACAAUAGAUGAUGGCCUGCUCUUCACAGCCAAAGAUGAAGAAGAAGGGCUCCAAAGCUUCACCGACGCCUCCUUCGGAGAAGACUGCCAAGGGUGCUCCAUCGUGAAGGUUGGAGGAUCACCCAUUGCUUGGAAGUCAAGCAGACAGGGAGCCAUUGCCCUGUCUACCGCUGAGGCGGAACUGGGGGAGAUAGUGGAAGGAUUGGCGCUGGGAGACUCAAUUCGAGUCGUGGUGGAGGAGAUCAAAGAAGAUGAGGAGAAGAUGCUCCGCUGCACAGCACUCACAGACAAUCAGGCAGCGACCAGCAUCCUGUCUGACCCCCAUGGCAGUUGGAGGACGAGAUACCUCCGAAUGAAGGCCAAGAAUGUGAGAUGGAGGAUUGAGAAGGCAGACUGGAUGGUGAUCCACGUCCCAGGGGCACAGAUGCCUUCUGACAUGGGGACGAAAGCCCUCUCAGCCCAGAGGUUUGAACACCUGAAGAAGCUGGCAGGCAUGGCAGGACUGCCAAAGAAGGAGAAAGCUGAAGCCAAAGCUGAAGCCCAAGCCAAAGCUGAAGCCAAAGCUGAGGAGACAGAGGAGAAGAUAGAAGGGGCGAAGAUGAUGAAGGUCAAGGCCCAGACAGAGGAGAAGCUCAAAGAAGGAGCAAAGAUCCUGCAGAUGAUCAUGCUGAUCUCUCAGCUGACGCAGACAGAAGCACAGCCAGGAGAUGAAGAAAGAAGGCCAUAUGGUCCUGACUGGAUCUUCCUGGUGCUGCUGGCAUUUGCAGCACUAGGCCUGGUGGCGUGCAUUCGCUGCACGGUGUUCUUCGUGCAGUGGCUGAUGGUGAGGAUCCGCCUAGCAGAGGCGAAAGACCGCAUCCGAGCACGGCAUGCGAGGGAUGUGGAGAGACAGCAGCAGAAGGAUGAAGAAGAAGAAAGAGAGGAGGAAGAAGCGCUGUGGCGAAGAGUGGCAGAAGCCAGGAGUAGCCACGCCGCUGAAGCGAAAGCCCAGCCAAAGAGGCGAGCAGCCAAGGCGAAGAUGAAGCCGAAGGCGAAAGCGAGGGCAGCAGAAGAUGAAGAGGAGGAUGAAGAAGCCCGAAGAGAUCGGGAAGAGCUGCGACAGAGGCUGGAAGAAGAAGAAGAGGCAGAAGAAAGACUGGCAGCAGCCAUGGCCAGGCUACCCUGCCACACACCCACCAGCAGGCCAUCAACAGGCCAAGCAGCAUCCUCAACACAGAGGAUUCCACACACCCCAAAGGCGACAGCACCAAGGGUCCCACAGACACCAAGGACGGCACCAUCAACAUCAUGGCCGACCACAUCGCCCCUGCGGAGGUCUAUGGCAUGUGACCUGGGGUUCGGCCGUGGAGCAGCCAGCUCCGCUACCAGCAGCAUGCCGCUGUUGGGUGGUGGGAUGAUGAUGGAGGUCGAGCUCGACCCCAACGAAGAGCCGCCCAACGUGGUGGGAAAGGGUGACCUGAUGGCCGCCAAAGGAAAAGGGAAAGGAAGCCGAGAUGAUGGUGGAGGUGGAAAAGGAAAGAAGGGCGGCGAUGAGGGGUUUAGGCCGAUCAUCACGCCGUGGGGCACAAGGUUCCACACCCAUAGGUUCUGCCCGACGCUGGCGAACUCUCGGAAUCUCACGAUGUCUCCAUGGUGCGUUGCUUGUGCACCGGACGGAGUGGGACUGAGAGAACCAGUGUUUUGUAUAGGGCCUGGUAGGACCGCUCAUGCCGAUGGUGAUUGCCAUCCCAAUGCCAGACAGUACCAGAUUUGCAACAUGUGUUUGGAAAUUGAGGACUCAUGA